CCAUUGAGCCCAGAGCGAUGAAGAUGGUUGCGCCCUGGACGCAGUUCUACUCCAACAGCUGCUGCCUGUGCUGCCAUGUCCGCACCGACACCAUCCUGCUCGGCGUCUGGUACCUGAUCAUCAAUCCCGUGGUACUGUUGAUUUUGCUGAGCGCCCUGGCGGAUCCGGAUCAGUAUCACUUUUCAAGUUCUGAACUGGGCAGUGACUUUGAGUUCAUGGAUGACUCCAACACGUGCAUCACCACUUCGAUUUCUCUUCUCAUGAUUCCGAUAUGA